GUUUUAGAGAGAGAGAGAGAGAGAGAGAGAGAGAGAGAGAGAGACUUUCUUUAUAGCUAUGGAGAAAGAUAGAGAGAGCGAAGUUUACUGUGCCAGACUUGCUGAGCAAGCCGAGAGAUACGACGAGAUGAUUGAAGUAAUGAAAAAGGUUGCUAAGUUGGAUGUGGAAUUGACCGUGGAAGAGCGAAAUUUGUUGUCUGUUGGGUAUAAGAAUAUGAUUGGGGCAAGAAGGGCGUCAUGGCGGAUAUUGUCUUCCAUUGAACAGAAGGAGGAAGCAAAGGGAAAUGAGGAGAAUGUGAAGCGAAUAAAGGAGUAUAUGCAGAGAGUUGAAGAUGAGAUUGCAACAAUUUGCAAUGACAUGUUAUCAGUCAUUGAUUAUCACCUCCUUCCUUCUUCAACAACAGGGGAAUCUACUGUAUUUUACCAUAAGAUGAAAGGAGAUUACUAUCGAUAUUUAGCUGAAUUUAAAGAGGGCAAUGAUCGUACAGAAGCUGCUGAUCAGUCUCUUAAAGCCUAUGAGGCUGCCAGUAGUAAAGCGGCCUCUGAGUUGCCACCAACUCAUCCAAUAAGACUUGGACUGGCUCUGAACUACUCCGUAUUUUACUAUGAAAUUCUUAAAUCCUCUGAGAGGGCAUGUGAUCUUGCUAAGCAGGCAUUCGAUGAUGCGGUUGCGGAGCUCGACGGUCUUGAUCAAGAAUCCUACAAGGACAGCACUCUCAUAAUGCAGCUUCUCAGGGAUAAUCUCACAUUGUGGAACUCAGAUCUGCCAGAGGGAGGAGGUGGGCACGCUAAAGUUGAUCAAUCCAAGCUAGAGAUAUAGCCAUGGGGUGAUAAGCAACAAUUUGAGACUGGCUUUGUCCAUGAAGCAAUGUUGGAUAUCAUGUUUGUAACAAAGAUACCAACUAAGAGUUUGUAUUUCAUGUCAAAAAAUAAUAGAAUCCAAACAUUUGUGAUGCUGGUGGAUUGCUGUGGUCCCAUAUAGUUAACCUCAUAUAAGCUGUUUGUGACUUUGAUCUAAUACACCUGUAUUCUUGCCAUCAUGCUUGAAAUCUGGUUUUCUUUCCAUAUACGACCAACACCUAUAGCUUGUCAGGCCGGUUCAUUUGCUUCAUCAUGCUCAUGAAAUUGUGCCUAUAAAUCUAGAUGAUCAAGGGUCUUGACACUUCGAACCUGAUAA